AUGCGAUCUACCAAAAUCUUUAUAAUCUGUGUCAUAUUUCGACUUGUGAAUGCCAUAUUUACUCGUACUUACGACAAUCCCGAUGAAUACUGGCAAUCACAAGAAUGGCACGAAAGGAUUCGUAGCUAUACUCAUCCCCUUGUAUUCGCCACACUUUAUAAAUGUAUUCAACUACUUGGCCUAGAAGAGACUGAUGCCUUGAUCGUUUCUCCUCGCCUACUACAAGGGUUUUUCUCAGCAGUUGCUGACUAUGGAACAUAUACACUUGCUAUUCGCAUAUUUGGUAUCACAAUCGAGCCUUAUAUCUUAUUUAUGACAUUAUGCUCAUGGUACAACUUCUUUAUGGCCGGAAGAACUCUUUCAAAUUGCAUGGAGAUGGUUCUUACUAUUCUGGCUCUCAAUUAUUGGCCACUACAAAAUUGCCCAGAUCAAAACUGGAGAAAACACCUGAGAUUUAGUCUUGGCCUCGCUUCUUUGGCAUGCUUGAUGCGACCCACAAAUGGAAUCGUGUGGCUUUUUCUUGGUCUCCAUUUACUAGCUAAUAGACCUCGUUACAGAUGGGAAAUCGCGUUUGAAGCGGCCACGAUUGUAUCAAUUGCUGUGAUCAUAAACACAUUGUUGGACACACAUAUAUACACUGGAUCAUGGUAUAAUGUCUUCCACGAACCCGUAAUUGCUCCAUUGACUUUCUUUCGUUUAAACGUAUUGGCUUCAGUAUCUCUGUUUUAUGGUGUUCAUCCAUGGCAUUGGUACAUAUCCCAAGGAUUACCAGUGAUGACAACCACACUUUUACCACUUGUGGUGUACGGGGUUUGGCGUAUACAAAAGUCAUUCAAUAACAACACCAGCAUCAGGGCGCUUCCAUUUUUAAAGCUUGUACUCUGGGUAGUUAGUGUCUAUAGCUUGCUAUCUCACAAGGAAUUUCGUUUCUUGUUUCCCAUAUUUCCACUUCUACUGAUAUUUGCAGCAUUCGGCUUGGAACAGGUGCCAUCCAAAAAAUGGCGUAGAUGGAUAGUAAUAGGCUUAGUAGGUACACAAUUGCCACUGUCUAUUUAUUUAUCGUUAUGGCAUCAAAGAGGCGUCAUGGAUACCAUGUUGUGGUUACGUCAAGAAGCUCGGAAUUCACCUAUAUCGAUACAUGUAUUGAUGCCUUGCCACUCCACACCCUAUCAAUCUAUUUUACACUCCAAAUCUACCCCCAUAAAAUUCUUAACAUGCGAGCCGCCACUUGUAGGUCAGUCGACAGCAGGUUAUAUGGAUGAGGCCGAUGUAUUUUAUGCCGACCCAGUGGCGUUUGUAAGCACUUUUGACACGUGGCCAACCCAUAUCGUGAUGUUUGAAUCCGUUCAAGCUCAACUCAAAAACACUCUACAUCAAUAUGAGAUAUGCAAACGUUUCUUCAAUAGUCAUUGGCACGACGACUGGAGACGGCAAGGAGAUAUACUAGUUCUGUGCAGAAAUAAAGAGACAAGACAAAUUCAUGAGUGA